CAAGUCCAUCAACAUGUCCACUUCCUUUGGGUUUGGAGAUGACCUGCCCCCUGCCUUUUGGCGAUGAUGAUAAUGCUUUCUGCUGUCAUUCAAGUAAUAAUGUUCCUUAUUGUUGCGACAUAGGAGAUUAUAUCAAACAAAACUCUGUAAUUCUUGCUGGUAUUUUAAUCGGAGCAGUUAUCAUCUUGGUCGUCAUAACUUUGUGUUGUUGUUGCUUCUGCAGCUGUUGUUGUUUAGCAAAACGUCGGGUGCAACGUGGGACAGUACUUUAUGCUCCUGUAGCUCCAGCCCAAGUAGUUCCUCCUACAUCUGUUCCACACUCUCCAAACUAUCCUUACAAUUCUGGUGUUACAGUCCAUGUACCAUCUGCUAGUUCUGGUCCACUGCCAUACCCACCACCAUAUCCUCAUGAUAAUGUUCAACCUCCUGUUAAUCCCAAUUAUAAGUAUUAGUUCACUUUAUUGCCACUGUAUAUAUAUUAAUAUAUACAGAAGAGUGACUUUUCCUCUAAAAGCAUAAUCAAAACAUUUUCCUCCUAUCAUUUUUACCUGUUGUAUGAAUGAUACUCUUCCUAUUUAAGGUACAUUAGAUUCAAUUUGUUUGUAACUCCCUUAUUACCCCCAUUAUUCAAUUCACUGCAAGCAAACUCUUGGCCUUAUGUAUGAAAAUGUUGUAAAUAACUUUCUAAGUGUCUAUUUUACAUAAACUUUCUAUUGAUCUUGUACUUAGAUCAUAUUUUGCCAUAAAAUUUUUUUGUUACAUUAGCUAAAAAACAUUUUAUGAAACAACUUUAAUACAUUUUUAUGUAUCAAAAUAGUAAUAGAUCUGCUAAAUUUUAUAAUCAUCAAAUUAAACAGUAGUAGUAUUGAACUUUUAUUCAUAAUUGUGUAGAAUUUUUAUGGUUUUACCUAUGUCGUUUUUAAUAUGAUCUUUGCCAUUUUCAAAUAUUUUGAAAUUGUAAUAAAUGUGCUUUCAUAGUCACUCUUGCCGUUCAGUUUUUGUAAAUGCAACCUUUUAAAAAUGAAUAAUGGAAUAUAUCAUUAGUUAUCUUGUUGAUUCACUUCAGCAUUUGGAACCUUUUGGAAUAUUUAAAAUUUAAAGUAAAAGAAAUAUGGUUUAUUAAAAUGCCUUAUCCUUUUGGACAGUUACUGCACAAUGUAUCCUCACCCAGUUUUCUUCAACCAAAAUUUUACGAGAAAAUGAAAACAAUGUCUUGUACAGUAGAACUCUCACUAAUUGAAUCAGUUGGGACCAAACCCCAUUGGGAUAAUCCAAAACUCGAAUUGGAUUUUUUCCAAACAAAAAAAGAUCUGUUUUGAUUAAUAACUGCAUGUAUGUGAAUGGGAACGAAAAAAAAAGGUGAAAGCGAUGUUUUCACUGCACCUACAACAGCUUCCAUGCUUAGACAGAACUACUAUUUUGCUAAAAGCAGUAUUUUUUUUUUUUUUUUCAGCAAUUCUGAAAGCUAUUUGAAUGAUUGGAGUUCUACUGUACUUAAAAAGUUUUUUUUUUCGUUAAUAUUGAAUUUCUUGUAUGAUUAUGUUUGUUCAGUAUCCAUUGUACUUUCAAAUGUAAGUAUCCUACAGAACCACAAAUAAUGUUGUUAUCCGUGAAAAUGGUGAAUUUUUGUACAGUUUUACAAUUCUACUUUUUUAUAUAAAAAAAACAAUGCAGGUGUUUAUGAUUUAUUCAGUUGUAGUUCUGAAAGGUUUCACCAGAUGCUUUUGUGACGUGUUCAAUUCUUAAAAGUGUGAUUGUCAUUUAAAAAGUAUUACUUUUUCAAUUUUUCUUAAAAGUAUUUUUACAUGUCAGCUAAAUUCAGAUUGUAAUAAGAAUGGGCAUUGUCCUAAGUGAGUAUAUAUAUUAUAACAGAAAUCCUAUUCUGUUAAGACUGUCUUAAUUUAGUUGAGUUGCUAAAAAGCUGCAAUAAAGACCAAUGUUUGAAAAUUCUAAAUGAAUAAAAAACUGUUUUGGAAUUUUCAGAAAAGAAUAUGGAUUAAGUAUCGUCAAAAAUAUUUGUAUUGACUAAUGAACAAAAACGUAUUGCUCAUUGAUGAUAAAUUUUAAAAACUUUUUGAGGGGGGAGGGUGUUUCAUUGAUCUGAUUAGGGUUUUUUUUUUUUUGGUUGAGAGACUUUUUCAAUCAAGAGUAAGUAUGAAUCUCAAUUCAUUUCUAAUUUUACUGAUUUAUCAGUAACUUAACCUCUUACUGGCUAUCUUAUAAGCAACGAAAACUUUUACCUAUGUGUCAUUUGCUAUGAAACAUGUUUAUUAACUUUUCUUCAGUCGAUUAGUAUCUUAAGCAAUAUAAAUCAAAUCUUGUUAACAAUGGCUUCAAUAAAUUCAGCCAAUUUCUAAAGUGAAAGUGAUUUUAUUGUGCUUAAUUGUAAUUUGUUUAUUAUAAUCAGACUAAAAAUUCCUUUAAUUGAUGAACUUUGAUACCAAAGUUAUGUAGUUUGAUCAAAAAGUGUUGCGAUCGCCUUGUGCCAAUAAAUGAACUGAAUGUUACCUCUUCUGCCUUAAAGUGUACAAAAUGUUUUUUAAUGUAAAUAACUGUGGUAUUUGAUAUUAUUUGUCAGAAAUGUAUGGAGUAGAAAGGAGAGAAGCCCUCUUGUUGGUAGAGUUUGAAAUCAGCAAUGCUCGACACAUUAAAAUGAUUGUCAUUUUUGCACUGGAUGCCAAAUGAUGUACAGAUUGCAAAAAUGCUAAUUAGUUAUGCAAAACGUCUUUCAUACAUGUGUGAAAUCAAGUAUGGACCAGCUCAAAUUUGUUAGGCCAAAUUUUAUUCUCUGAUAAUGAGCAUUUACUAGGUUGAGUCAAAAGUUUUUCGUAUUUUCACCUACAAAAGUAUUUUUUGACAGCGCAUAUUCACAAGCCCCAGUUGGUGAAGGUGUCGAUUGGUGGUACUUUGGGGAGGACCAAAAUCUGCUGAUAACGCUCGGGUGCUAGAACUCGGCUAAUGUUGGAUAGCUUCCAGCAAAACUUCAUUAUCGACAAUAGAUUACCGUCUAGAUCUUGGAUUCUCUUCAAGGAUCGUAUCACCUUCCUUUUAAUGCUUAAACCAAUUUUGAGCAGUGCGCUCAUUCACAGAACCAGGACCCUCAGCAUCAUUAACUUCCUUUGCCGCUGCCCUUGCGUUAAGACCUUUUAUCCAGAGGAAACGAAAAAUAGCACAAAUUGCUAGCUUAUCAUCCACCAUUUCAAGAGACUGCAAUGUCUACACAGGUACAAGAAGUCACAGCAACUGAUAACGAUUAUCAAGGCCAAACUCCGCUCUACCAUUUUAGAUCAGCUGCGCAGGAACUGUAAUUUGCAUAUGUUACAUUUAGGCCUGCCAAUCCAGGAUAGGGAAAAUAUGGAAAACCUUUUUACUCAACCUGGUAAAAUGAAUUCAUUUUAUCCAGUUUUGUGUUUGAAGGUGCUAAAAACAUUUUCACAUGGUUGUAGAAGCAAUACUGUUUCAUUUCUUUCAAUCUUGUCAUAAAUACUUUCAUGUAAAUCCUAGAUUGGUUUUCAUUUUAUAGAUUAAUAAAUAGAUAUUUUAACUUAAGAUUUUCAAGCCAUUAAUUUUUCUCUAACUUUUUGUAAAAUAAUUUUUUAAAAAUCGUUAUGAGGUAAGAAAAUCAUUUUUUCCUUUCAAUUUUACUGCAUGAGUUUGAAAUUAAUGUUAACAUUAUAAAAACUUUAGCUGCUGCUUUUUACAAGAUGGCUUGAUUUUGUACUGACUGUGCAUAGUGAAAUUGCCUCUCCUUGUUACUUCAUGUUUAUACUUGAUAAUUAUCAUGGGACAUGGAGGAAAAUAUCUCAUGACAUUCCAUAAGUUAAUGAAUUUGGGCCUUGAAUUGUAGUGAUAUAUGGUGAACUGAAACGUUCUCUUGUUAGAGCUAAACUUUGGUAGAUAAAAUUAUAUCGAAACUUUCUUUUUAUAUAAGUUGCAUUUAUAGUUAUUAAAACAAUUGAGUGCUAGCUCUUUAAUUACAUUAACAUUAUUUGAAAGUUUAUUUAUCCAAUUAUAUUUUGAUCAUUUUCUUUGGGUUCAUCAUUAUCUUCUCUUUAAGUUCUUGUUAGUUCCUUUUAUCUAGAAUGUCUUCAAAUUCAUUACAUUAAUAAGAUUUUUUUUUUGUUGUUGAUAUUGCAUUUAUGAAUCUUAUUUCUAUUUGGUAAUUUGUUAUCAUUGUUGUCUGUAACUGUGUUUAAAAAGAUCUUUCAGUAUUAACUGUCUCAUUUGGUUAUAAUUCUAUUUGUGUAUUUGCUUCCUUCAUAAUUUUAGUUUUAAACAUUUUUGUUGUAAUAUGUUUUUUAAGUUUAAGAAACUAAAUAAAAGUUUUUCUUUACUUGUGA